AUGGCCAUGGUCGUGUUGAGCUUCCAUUUUACUGGUAUUCGUUCCAGGGCUGGAACACUGUUAAAUCCCACUCUGACAAAGACGUUCCCGUCCGCCCCUCUCUGGGCUGACAUCACAUCUCAGCUGUAUUUCGGUAACCCCGGGUUCAAAGACUAUGAUAUGAGAGUACUAACUCAAGCUCGCAUGUUUCCAGUUGUCCAAGUUUUCACUUUUUUUCUUACUCCGAAUGAGACCUGCUUGAUACUAGGAUACAAUUCCGUCAAUACACUGGCAGGAGGAAAGAAAGAGUAUAGGUCUGUCUUUCUUGGAAUAAUAUCGCUCAAGGACAGACGCUGUCCCGAUACGUGUCACUACGUCAACAUCGAGAGCCGCCUUUCUGUCCAUCUCGCGACUAUGCGCCUUCUAUCCUCUCGUCGCUUGGCAGUUAGCCGGAGGACACUAUUAGUAUCAUCGGUAUUGAUGUUUUUGGGUCUCUUUAUGUACUUUCGCACCCCAGAUCCCGACGCUGAUACAGAUGUUGAUGGUGGCUGCAACAUCCUGUCAAAUGGCCAUUCUGGUCACAUCCUUCUCCGAGGUACGCUUUUGACGGCCGACGGCCCCGUCUUAAAUGGAUGCGUCUUAAUCCAAUCGGGGAAAAUCAUGCGCGUUGGCCACGAUCCUGCCACCUGCGAGCUUGAUCAGCAUGCGACGAUCAUCGAGUGCCGGGACUCCGUCAUAUCGCCUGGAUUUAUCAAUACGCAUGAGCACAUCGAAUACUCGACGGUGAACCCGCUUCACAGCACAGGCGAACUCUACAAUCAUCGCCACGACUGGAGAGUCGGCCUACGAGGACACGCGAUCCAGCCUGUUGAAGUCAACGGAAGCAUGUCGGAUGCUACCAAAUGGGGUGAAUUGAGGCACCUCUUCUCCGGGACUACUUCCAUUGUCGGCGGGCAUAUGGCCCCGGGUCUUGCUCGAAACCUUGACUUUGCCCAGGGAUUGGAAGAUGGUCUUGGUGAGACAGCAGAUACCUGGGCUGUCUUUCCCCUUGACGACGUCGAAGGUAUUAUUCGGUCUGGGGACUGUGAUUAUGGGCCAAAAGCGAUAGAUGGACAAAAAGCCGCGAAACUUCACCGAUACAUCGCACACGUUGCGGAAGGAGUCGAUGUCGAAGCCAGGAACGAAUUCCAGUGUCUAUCCGACGAGCGAUAUGACGUUGUACCUCUUCCAAAGGGUGGCGGUCUCAGCACUGAUAUCGUGUCACCCAACUUCGCUCUUGUUCAUGCCCUCGGGCUUUCAGAAACCGAUUUUGAUCUUGUGGCUGCGCGCAAGGCCAUGGUUGUUUGGUCUCCUCGGAGCAACAUAUUCCUCUACGGGAAAACCCUCGACGUUUCUUAUCUUCUAAAGGCCGGCAUCACAGUGGCCCUCGGUACGGAUUGGCUGCCAUCUGGAUCUGCGACAAUGGGAAGAGAAGCGGCUUGUGGCUUCUCGGCAACUAAGCUCAGUUUUGGCCAGGUUCUAGAUUCCAAGACGCUGUGGGAAAUGAUGACCAUCAAUGCCGCCAAGGUGGCUGGGUUUGAACACGAAUUAGGCUCGCUCGAGGUGGGAAAGUUGGCUGAUAUCGCCGUGUUCUCGGGCAAGAAGCUGAGUGAUCCCUUUGCGGCAGCAGUUUAUGGCCCGGAAGAAAACAUCCAGCUCGUCAUGAGGGGUGGAAAAAUACUCGUUGGUGGUAGUGGUCUUGAGGAGUUGAUGAACAAACAUUGCGAGUACGUUAUGUUCAGUGCAGUGCACAAAAUAGUUUGUGUCGGGGACGAGCUUGGGAUGAGCUUCUCAUCAUUCGAGGCUACGCUCGGUCGUGUAUAUCCAGCAGUCCUGCCUGGUAUCCCCCAUAACGAACCAUCCUGCGAGCCAUCUAGAUAGAUAGAGAUUAGAUAAUUUGUGUGAUACAUUGACUCCAAUAAACUAUCGUUUGU